UAUUUAGCGCGCGCGCGCCACGUCAGCGUGCGUAUGCACGUACGCGCGCGCGUUGACGCACACAGAGACACGCGUGCACUUCGUACACUCCUGAUUGCUCUCGCGCGAUCCCCGCUUUGGAGUUGAAUCGGAGGUGGUGUGAUGCGCGAGCUGUGACGCUCGAAGAUGCUCGCAAACAGUUUUUUGUCAUCGCGCGGCGGGGCAACGUCGGCUGAUUUCGAGUGCGGCGUGAUUAACGGCGGGAGUACCGGGGAACUUGUGCCAUGGUAGACGAUCGGGCGCCCGUCAACGCGGAGAAUAAGUAUCGUGCGGUGAACGCGGAUCAGGACGAGCCGAGGGGGACGCGCGCGAAAGCAACGAUGCCUUCGGAGUUGAGGUCGAUCAGCGCGGCUGACUGGAUCACGGUCGCCGUCCUCUGCUUCGUGAAUCUCAUAAAUUACAUGGAUCGUUUCACGAUCGCCGGAGUACUGACGGACAUCAAAAGCGACUUUGAUAUCGGCUACGAUAAGUCUGGGCUGCUGCAAACGGCGUUCAUCCUGAGCUACAUGGUGUUCGCGCCGUUAUUUGGAUACUUGGGCGAUCGUUACAGUAGAAAGUUUAUCAUGACCGGUGGCGUGUUCCUAUGGUGCCUCACGACGUUCAUUGGUUCUUACAUGAAAACAUUUGGAUGGUUCCUAUUCUUUAGGGCACUUGUUGGCAUAGGAGAAGCCAGUUAUUCUACAAUUGCGCCGACAAUUAUUAGCGAUUUAUUUGUAAAAGAUGUACGUUCCAAGAUGCUCGCCCUAUUCUACUUUGCUAUUCCAGUUGGGAGUGGUCUAGGAUAUAUUACGGGUGGUGAAACUGCUCGUAUCACUGGCCACUGGCAAUGGGGGUUACGUAUUACUCCUAUAUUAGGCAUCAUAGCGAUUCUUCUGUUACUCACUGUGGUGAGAGAUCCUAUCAGAGGCGAGCGAGAAGGAGGCGUUCACUUGACGAGUACUACAUGGUCGUAUGAUAUCAAGGAGUUAUUAAAAAAUUCAAGCUUUAUGCUGUCUACUGCAGGAUUUACUUGCGUGACGUUUGUCACUGGUGCACUGGCAUUUUGGGCGCCAACAUAUCUAGAAUUAGGUUUUCAAUUACUUCCUCAUGGAGCAGAUGUCGAUCCAAACGAUGUUUCAUACAAGUUUGGAUUGAUUGGUAUGGCAUCCGGUCUAAUAGGUGUACCCUUAGGCUCAACUAUAGCGCAAAAGUUACGAGCUUAUUGGCAACAAGCUGAUCCUUUGAUAUGCGCCGUAGGUCUUCUAAUAAGCGUUCCAUUAUUAUUCUUCGCUAUGAUUACUGCCAAUACAAGUCCUACUCUCUGUUACACAUUAGUAUUCUUUGGUCAGUUGUCAUUAAAUUUGAAUUGGGCUAUUGUAGCAGAUAUAUUACUGUAUGUAGUAAUUCCCACAAGGAGAUCCACAGCAGAAGCAUUCCAAAUACUUCUUGCGCAUGCUCUUGGAGAUGCAGGCAGUCCUUACCUCAUUGGACUUAUAUCAGAGGGAUUAAAGUCAUCGUUCAUGCCGCACUCAGAUGUAGGAGGAUCUAAUGGUCAUCCAGAUGUAGCUGUCGACUUCCGUAGCCUACAAUAUGCAAUGUUUCUGACAAUGUUUGUAGAAGUACUCGGUGCUCUAUUCUUCUUCUUCACAGCAUUGCAUAUACAGAAGGACAAGGCGUUGGUUGAUCUUGCUAUCGCGGGUGGAAGUCUUUCAGAUUCAGUGUGUAUUUGCAACGACCCAGUUAACAGCGAAUUACAAAAUGAUACAAAUACGAUACUAGAAUUUAACAGGCAUCAACCGUCUCACUAGAUUUUUGUGGGGUCUUAAUACUUUACAUAGGCCAUUGUUACGAAUGUACAGCUUAAUUCUAUCAAACGUAAAUAUGGAUUGGACUUUAUAAUAUAAAAUGUGUCAUUGAUACAAAGAUAUAUGUAUUAUAUGCAGCAUGUAUUUGCAAAGAAAGUUUUCAUAUAGUCAUAAUGAAGAGUACCUUCAGAAAAAUAGUUACAAGUUACCACUGUUAAUAAUGUACAAUACGUUAGACAUGUUAACAAUGCAGCUCUAGUGUCAGAAUGAAGAUGCAUAUGUAAAUUGUACAAUAUUUUUUAAUGUUAUAUUUUUAUAACUUCUCAUAUUGCAAAUUCAUGUAAUGUCUCAUCGCAUAAUAGAUGCAAAUUUGUAUGAAUAAUUGUAUGAAGAAUCUAUGCAGAAUGCUAAGGUUGUAUUAGUAAUUGCGUAUAAGAUUAGUAUAAGGCACAAUUAUUUUAAUCAAAUAUAAAUAUUUGAUUAAUUUAUCAGUAGGUUUAUACUGCUCUAGUAUUAAACUAUAAAAAUGCUAACAAUUGCAUAAUUCUUUAGAAGACAUUUUCAACGGAUACUAUGAAUUUAACUUUUUUUUUUUAUAUAAAACUUGUAAUUAUUAAUUAACUAUUACUAUCAAGUUUUGGUUUGGUUUGGUAAGUUAGACAUCCGUACAGAUAAAUAUAUUUGAAUAAGUAUAAAUGUUAUUUUUUCCCAAUAAAAUAAACAGGACAUUUUUGAAUGUUUUUUAGAAAUAUUACAAUUACAAUACAAAGUAUUAUAAAAUAAUAUAUUGUAAUAGUAAAUAUAUUGAUUUUAAAUAAUUAAUAUAAAUAUUAUAAAUUGUUACAGAAUUAACUGCUCUUUUCUUCCAGUGAUGUAAGAUAACGGUUCUUUCCAAAAUUUUUAAUAUAUGAAUUAUCUUUCAAUAGUCAUAUUUAUAAUUAUUAUGUAAUGCGAGUUUAAAAUGUUUAUAUUUAAUGAAACAGAAAUAUAAUUCUGUUAUGUAAAAUGCACAUUGGGACAUUUAAAAGUUUAAUAAAACCUAUUGAAAAAUAUGUAUAUAUUUUAUAUUAUUAUAUAAUUAGAUACGUAACGCCUAUACAUCUUCACAUAAAAGGAAAGUAAACACAAGGUUUAUGUAAAGUUAGUAUUGAUUAAAUAAAAUUAUAAAAUCCAUGUUAAAUUGAUUAACUGCGAAAAUUGGAAGAUAUGAAAUUUAAGAUUUAAACUAGAUGAGGUCGAGAAAGUUAUAAUGUCACGAGCUUUUAUUUAAAAAUAAAUAUUCGAUAACUCAGCUAAGUAUACCAUAUGAUAAAAGUGAUUGAACCAUAUGUAUUUUAGCGCAAAAUGACAGUACUUACAUAUACAAUGAUGAGCAGAAAUUACAUAGAUUGUAGAUUUAAUCUGCAUUUGAUAAUACUUUAACUAUAAGAAACGAAUUGUACAUUACGUUAUAUAUUCUGCAAAUAAAUCUUUUUGUAUACAGAA